CGUCUGAGAAAUGGCAGCAUAUUUUCUUGGGCAUUGCAAAAAUACGGAUAGAAGCAUAUUUUAUUGGGCAUUGCAAUAGAGAUAAACCACAAUUUGGAACUUUGCAACCAAUUUUUCUCUCUCUUCCCCGCUUCUCUGCUAUGGAAAACAAAGCCCAGCAAUCAUCAGGAAGUAGCCCUACCAAGAAACCGUGGGAAAGAGCUGGGCCCUCUUCUGGUCCUGCACCUUUUAAACCGACUUCUGCUGGUAGUACGAGUGAUGUAGUGGAGGCUUCUGGAACUGCACAACCCGGUGAAGUUUCAACAGGUGAUAGGAAUACAAAUUUUAACAGAAACACAGUUGGGAGACCUGUUCCUACUAGGCCAUGGGAACAACAGACUUAUGGAAGCACUUACGGAGGAAUGUAUGGUUCAUCUGGCUUGCAUGGUUCAUCUGGCAUGUACGGUACAUCUGGAGGAUUUGGAGGGUCGUAUGGCGGUGGAUUGUACGGCAACAACAUGUGCAGAGGAGGUUAUGGCGGACUUUAUGGAGGAGGCAUGAAUAGUGGGGGAAUGUAUAAUAGUGGCUUUGGAGGUCGUAUGGGAGGUUAUGGAAUGGGAAUGGGAAUGGGCAUGGGCAUGGGCAUGGGCGGUCCAAAUGGUGAGCAGGAUCCAAAUAAUCCGUAUGGUGCUCCAUCUUCUCCACCAGGUUUCUGGAUUUCAUUAAUGCGAGUGAUGCAUGGUGCAGUAAAUUUCUUUGGCCGGGUUGCAAUGUUGAUAGAUCAGAAUACACAGGCUUUCCAUAUGUUUAUGACCGCCCUUCUUCAGCUGUUUGACCGGUCCGGGUUAUUGUAUGGGGAGCUUGCUAGAUUUGUGCUGAGACUAUUAGGAAUCAAAACAAAACCCAAGAACGCUCAGUUCCCCGGCAUGGACGGGCUUCCUGGACCUCACCAUCCCCAUGCAAGUCAAAACUACAUUGAUGGACCCAAGGAUGCACCAAACAGUGAGUGGGACGGUGCAUGGGGAAACGAUACAAGUAAUUGAUCUGGUGAUCUUACGUUCUUUACAAUCUGCUGGUGGAGUAGAUGAAUAUUGGCAGCAUAAUCUUGUGGAAGUUGCGUUGUAAAACAAAAUGCUACCAUUGCCUGAACAGAAUGAUACCCAGCAACUCAAGUAGUCUACGACUCUACAAGGUCUGGUAACUCUUUGCUGAUUGGUGCUCUGCUGAUGGUUGUGCUAGCUUUGUAGGGAAUCUCCCCCAAGCAAAGGGAGCAACAAAAAUAUAAUAUGAUGUGACCUAGAAGUUUUUCUCUUCUCCAUCUCCUUGCUUGUUAAACAUAGUUUUUAAAAGUUGUGUCAAUUGGUUGGUAGGCAGUGUCUUUUGUAAUGGAAAUUAAUUGAACAUUGUAUAGUCUAUUGGCUGGCUUACACCCUACAUUCUCAGUUCCUCCAGCAGCUCUCAGGUCCCUAUCACCACCGAUGUGUCAAAGCUCUUGGAGUAAACAAGAUUUGCUAACGCGUUAAAUUUUUACUUUCGCGUAUUUGUUCA